AUGGGAAAUGAGUGCGAGGAUCUGUAUUCGUCUACAUUUUCACAAAGCUUCCACUCUGAAUCAGAAAUAGUGCCUAAGGGGGAUCCAAGAACGGCGAUUGAAUUCAAUGGAAAUGUCUUGACAGAGUCUGUGCAUUCGCUACCUGAGGCCGCCACUAUAAAUGCGAUUUCUCUGAACAGCCACCUCCACUUGGCAAAUGUUCUCACGCCCAGUAGCGAAUCAGAUGAGUCAACAGAAGCUUUACCCGAGCCUGUGGUACUGGCGUACAACCCCAGCUUGAAGAAGAAACUCACCGAAAGCAUUUGCCGCCGACAUCAACGGUCUGCAUCAGACUUUGUGGAUCAAGAGAUGAAGGCUGUCACUGAAGGUACAAUUGAUGACACUGAACCUGUCCCCCUGGACCCAGUUGUCCAUCCACCUGAGGAGCAACGUCCGACAAAUCAGAAUGAAGGAAAACCGGUGUUUUUAACCCAUAAUCAGCGCUCUCUCAAAAGAGUCACAGACGUUUCUCCUCUUCAUGAACGCGUAACUCCGAACCUCGCUUCGAAAAAUCUGCUUGUAAAGGUGGUCAAGGCAGACUUUAUUGAUCUUAAAAGUUCUUCUGAUGCCUACUGCGUUGUAGAGUUGGAUGAGCCAUACCAACGUCACGCUACGCAUGUUGUACCACCAUCUGAACAACUGUUUUGGGACCAGCAUUUAUUGUUCGGACUUAACAGCAACUCUAAACGUGCGGCGUUCGAGGUUUUUGAAUUGUCAAAACGACGAAAAUCAAUUUCACGGGGCUACGCAGAAGUCUACCUACCAGAAUUGCUGACCAGUUCUGUUGGAGGGUGUUCGAGCGAGCUCCUGCGCUGCAUUCCCCUGGAUCUUAAGCAGCACUCAUCUUCUACUUUAGGCAUUGCUGCUAACGUCGGCGGAAGCGGUGGAGGGAAGUGGGAGUACACCUCGAACUCCGCCUCUAGUUCCGCCUUGCUCGCCAUCCGCAAACCAACUAUCACUGCUGAGUUCCACUUUAUGGAGCGGAUAGUUGACGACCCUUUCUCAGUUUGCAAAGGACGCUCUGGUGUCGGUUCACCCACUCCAUUGUUGAAGCUGCACGCAACAACUAUGACCUCUCCUGCCUCCUCCUCAGAUUCUUCUCUUAGUCAGACGGCCGGUACAACCACCUCUGAUUCCACUGGCAUUGGCAUCAGUGCUAGUGCGGAUCGCGCCUCUCACGGCUCCAAGGAGGGAGGGGAAGACAACGAACAGUUGGAGCUUGAGACUCCCAAAGACGUCACACCAACGCCUCACACGGAGAGCGGCAAACAGCAUGAAAGUCGCCUUCAACGCUCCACCUCAACACGAGGCUCGCGUCUCUUUGAACCGGCCUUUGAGAAUCUGCGCCUAGCAGAUACCAACGUCGCUCUGACCAGACGUCAGCAGUACGGACAUCGGGUCAGUGGAGGCUUCGGUGGUUUGCGUCGCAAGUCGGUGCCCCGCGCCCUCUCCAGCGGUUUGGGCGGCUGUAAUUCGAAUACCACCGGUGGAUUUGGCCUUCUCGGACCUAGUUCCCAACUAGCUGGAGUGGUGGCAGGCCUUACUGCUGCAUCUGUGGACUCUUCUGGUGCUUCCGUUGAUCCCUCCACCGCUGCUGCAGUUGCCUCGGCGGUAGCAGUGGCUGCUGCCACGGGGCGCUCAACCUCUGCCUCUGCGGCUCUUGAUCGCAGAGUCGUGGGGACAGGAGCUGGAGGUAGUGCAGUUGUGGGUCCAGUGGACUGUCUCUUUGAGGGCGCUGCUACUCCUAUGGCCACUACUGGGAUCUCUGAACAUGAGCCACUCACUGAUACUGUGGUUAGGUAUGCUGCGCCUGCAGCAAAUGUAGCAGAGAGUCUGGGAACAUAUUCGGCCCAGCUACCUCCUAAGAGAUCGGACACCGCAGGAACGAAGUUGAUCAAUCUCUUCAAAUCCAAAAAGAAACAGCAGCCAUCGGGUAGGCCCCCCUUUUAG